AUGUCGCACACAAGCACCUCCAAGAAGUAUCGCAAUGUACCGAAUAAAUUACCUCCACAGAUUCAAGCAUUAUUUGCUCCGGGACCUCCACUGAUCCAACUUCCUGCUAUUGAUGAAAGGAGAAGGAAGCGAUCAAAGCACUCGGAAUUAACCGGAAUUUCUGGUUGUGUUGAUAAAUUUGAACAAGAAGAAGUACAAUAUGAUGCCGAAGGACAAAAGAUUCGGACCACAAAAUAUGAAAUGCCUGAAUCAAGAAGAAAACGAAAAGAGAGAAUAAAAAGAGAAAACGCUGAAAAAGCAGAGAAGGAAUUGAGAAAAGCCUUGCAGAGUUGGGAUCCGAACAAUGAUACAAAAGCAACUUCGGAACCUUUCAAUACUUUAUUUAUUGCCAAGAUGAAUUAUGAAACUACAGAGGAAACACUCAGAAAUGCGUUCAGUAAAUUUGGUCCAAUCAAAGCAGUGCGAGUAGUGAGAGAUUCCAGCACUGGCAAAUCCCGAGGUUAUGCCUUUAUUGAAUUUGAAAAGCAUGAAGACAUGAGAGAUGCCUAUAAUCGAGGUGAUGGAAUGGAAAUUGAUCAGUGGAGAGUAAUGGUUGAUGUGGAGCGUGGCAGAACUGUAAAAGAUUGGAAACCGAGACGAUUAGGAGGAGGUUUAGGUAAUUCUAGAGAGCCACUUCCACCAGUUGUUGAAGAAAAACAAGAAGAACGUCCCCAUGACUCUGGAUUUCGUAGAGGUGGAAGAGGUGGCUUCAGAGGAGGAAGAGGUGGAGGUGGAUUUCGUAGGGGCUAUGACAGAGGUGGCGAUGAUCAUCGAAGAGAUCGAGGUUACAAGAGAAACUAUGACGAUAGGUAG